AUGCAAGACGGAAGCUUGAAUGGUCUAUCACACCACAACGAUGAACGCGUGACUCUUGAGAAAGAAGACAAAUCAUUGAAUACCCCUGCUCUAGAUGAUCCACCUAAUUACGCGAAUCGCGAUUUAAUCCCAGCCGAGUCCAAGGAAAAUGGAGUCCCAACCGAUCCGACCGAGGGGCCUCCGUCCAAGAGACGAAAGCUUGCAGGACCAGACAAUUCGCGCCGUUCAACACCUCGACCACCAUCGCCUCCCUGGAAGAAACCGGGUGUUGAUGGGCCGACCUCAUUCCUGCAGGAUGGGAAGCGGAGGUCUUCCCGAGUCAAUGCGAUUCCCCUUGAGUUGCAGCCUCCGUCAGACAAGCGAAAAACGCGUGCAGCGCAGAAAUCUACCGUAAAUAAGAAUAUUUCCGGUGGUGGGAAGGUCGUCGCUUCGUCGCCGCUGUCCACGAGUGUGUCACAGUCGGGUAUGAAUGGGAAACAUACCAGUGGCAACUUAACGACGGCAUCGCCGAGGACUGCGACUCCGAGGGGCGCAAGUGCCAGGCGACGCCUUAUCUCACGAUCACCAGCACCCAGGCAAACUCACUCACGGACGAGAUCUCAAAGUUUAAGUACUUCAGUCCCUAAUGGCCCUAUUUCGAACAAGGCACGAUCGAACCGAUCACCCUCGAAUACCACUUCAACGUCAAUAAUCGGAAUUGAUGAGUCGAGGAAUGAUAUCGGGGAUGAGACUGAGCUAGGAGACGAACAGGGUCAUCGGGUGCCGAGGCUGCGAAUUAAAGUCAAGAAGCCUGUUAUUGGGUUCCAGCAUCCUUCUCAUGUGGUUCCUCCGCGGAAAUAUAAUUCUUUCAGGGAAUGGCUUGAGAGCCGGGAAGGUAGAAUAGAAGAUGGUGCGGUCCUUACGCCCGAGGCAGCACUCGAAGAAGCUCGGAAGAGAUGUCGAGUUUUGGAAGCCGCAGAGCCUGGCGGUCUUCUGAGCCCCGAGGUAUGUUCUGCAUACUUACCGGAGCAACAGGAAGAACCAGCGCAACAAUAUUCACAUCAAGACCACCUCGUCGCUCAUGUCUUGUACUUCAAGAAGCUUCUUGACCAGGAGCACCGCCGCCAUCGCAAUACAGCAAGGCUACUUGCUCAGUGGUGUGCUGACGCGUGGAGGAAGCGCAACAAGCGCCCAGAAGAUAUCCUCAGAGAGCAACAGGAAGAGGUGCGCGUAAAGCGCAAGCAACUGGCUAAGGAUCUUCAGAAAAUGUUCGACUUGGCCCGGGCGGAGGUUGAUCGGGUGCGUCUAGCACGCUGGGAGGAAGAGCGGAAAGUGGAGGACCAGCGGGCCUUAGAUCGCGCAAUCAAGCAAUCUACGAUGCUGUUCGAGAAAAGGCGUCUGGAAAUUCUUGGAGAGACUGGCAGUGAUUUCCCUGAUUCAACGGACGCCGAAGAGACUGGAACGGAUGUGACUUCCAGUAAUGAGGAAGAUGAUGAAAGCAACAUGUCCUCUGCGGAUUCGGAAACUGAGGAUGAAGACGAAGUUGACGAUGAUGAGGGGUUGACGGCGGAGGAGCUCCGGCAGAAGUAUGCUGAUUUGCCCCAAUCCACCUUGGUUUCAGACCGUGAAUCUGUGGCUUCCGACAAUAGCGAGUCUUCCGAUGGCACACAUACCUCACAUAUACCUCAGAAAUUGGAGGACAUCAAUGAUUCUCAGGGCGGAACGCCGCUGGAGCAGAUUGAACUGGACGAAAUCGAUCCAAUCCUCCUUGAUGAUAGCGAAGACGAAUCUACGGACAUGGAUGAUGAUAUGGGCGAUAGUGAUGAGGAUGGAGAUGCCGACGACACAGACUCGGAUGAGGGAAGCGACGAUGGACCGGGACUAUUAGGAUUCUUCUCAUCAAAAGAUCGUGGGCUGAGUGAUGCUCACCACUUUGACGAUGAAGAAGGGGAUGAUUCUUUAGCUAAUCUGAGUCACGAAGAUGGCACUGGGUUCGACGAUGAUGGGCAAUCAGUUUCAGCCGACGAGGACGACGAUGAGGAACUGGAGGAUGCAGACGAAGUUUCUCUGGUUCCGAAUGGUCCUUCAAACUCGGGAUCUAUCUCUCAGGCGACGGCCGAAGUUUCUCCUGUAAGCGACACUUCUGAUGGAAAGCAAGCUGGACAGGCUGAAGUGAUCGAUGCCGACAUGACUGCUGCUGCUCCUCCGGAAGAUCCGGUUGCUAUCGACACACCGGAUGAUGCGAUGGAAGAAGGUCAUCACCAGCAGUCUCCCCCUUCGAUCAAUAACUUGGAUGAGCGAGAACUUCGCCAGAAUGGAGGGGCAUCUAGCGAAGCAUCUCCUGGUACGCUUGCAACAAAACCCUCUGAACCCGAGUCUGUUUCUUCUUUCGAAGCGCCCGGUGAAAAGCCGCCUCAGCCAAGUGAAUCUCCCGCUCCUGGGUUGAAGACGCCGAUACCGCAUCUACUCCGUGGAACUCUGCGAGAGUAUCAGCAUUAUGGGUUAGAUUGGCUUGCCGGACUCUAUAACAACCACAUCAACGGUAUUCUUGCCGAUGAAAUGGGUCUUGGCAAGACUAUUCAGACGAUUGCUUUGCUUGCGCACCUGGCCGUGGAACAUGAGGUUUGGGGUCCACAUCUGGUUGUCGUCCCAACGAGCGUGAUUCUCAAUUGGGAGAUGGAAUUCAAGAAAUGGUGUCCCGGUUUCAAGAUCAUGACUUACUACGGCAGCAUAGAGGAACGCAGACAGAAGCGCAAGGGUUGGACCGACGAUACGAGCUGGAAUGUAUUGAUCACUUCUUAUCAACUGGUGCUACAGGACCAGCAGGUCUUGAAAAGAAGAAAUUGGCAUUAUAUGGUUCUUGAUGAAGCUCAUAAUAUCAAGAACUUCCGCUCUCAAAAGUGGCAGACAUUGCUUACUUUUAGGACCCGCGCACGGCUGCUUCUUACAGGUACACCGCUCCAGAACAAUCUCACGGAACUAUGGUCUCUUCUCUUCUUCUUGAUGCCUUCUGACGGUGACGGGACUGGCAUUGAGGGAUUUGCGGAUCUUAGAAACUUUUCUGAAUGGUUCCGCCGCCCCGUAGAGCAAAUCUUGGAGCAUGGCAGAGAAACAAUGGAUGAUGAGACGAAACGAGUGGUUACGAAACUCCAUACUAUCUUGCGUCCUUACAUCUUGCGCCGUCUCAAAGCCGACGUCGAGAAGCAGAUGCCAGCAAAGUACGAGCACGUUGUUUAUUGCCGACUUUCGAAAAGGCAGAGGUUCUUAUACGAUGGGUUUAUGUCCAUGGCCCAAACCAAAGAAACGCUUGCAUCAGGCAAUUACCUCUCUAUUAUCAACUGUCUGAUGCAGCUGCGCAAGGUUUGCAACCACCCGGAUCUCUUUGAGACUCGGCAGAUAUCGACGUCAUUUGUGAUGCCUCACUCCGUGGCCACUGAAUAUGCAAGCAAGGAACUACUCGUUCGGCGGCGGUUGCUAUAUGAACAUCCCCUCACGAAGCUGGAUUUGGACUUUCUCAACCUGGUUCCUAUCUCUAGAGAAGAUAUCUCGCGAAGGUUGGCAGACGAUAGUACUAGGCUAAUGGCUUACGGACCCUUCAACAUGCUCCGAGAACGUCAGUACAAGCGCACGAAUUGGCAAAUGAUGUUCGACGGGUCUACGGUGCAGUCAACGCUCGAGGCAUUGGAGAACGACGCCAGAAAACGCAGGAUGGCGGAAUUGGAACGGUGUCUUUACUUCGAAUCGAAACGCCAUGGCCGUCGACCAGUUUAUGGAACCAGUCUCGUCGAGUUUCUCACUGCGGAUAGCAAGCAGAGACCAACUCUGAGUGGUCGUCCUCAAAAGCAGUCUCUCGCGGAGUGGUUGUCAAAUCGGUCAUCUGUUCUCGCAUCGAUGAUUUUGUCCAUCGAGGAGCGGUCCCAAGCCAUGGAUGGUUACGUCAGACGUUUCGCCUGUGUUACGCCAGCUGCAGUUGCCUCCGGUAUUACAGAGGCGGCUUUGACUCCUAUUGAAACCCGUUACUUGACCGAAAAGGAGCGUUUCCCUGCUUAUGAUCCGUUCCACGAGGCCCAGAUGCGUCUUUCAAUCGCUUUUCCGGACAAGAGGCUGUUGCAAUAUGACUGUGGGAAACUGCAAAGGCUCGAUAAGUUGCUACGAGAUCUUAAAGCCGGUGGUCACCGAGCCUUGAUAUUCACGCAGAUGACAAAAAUGCUUGACAUUCUGGAGCAGUUUCUCAAUAUCCAUGGGCACAGGUAUUUGCGACUAGACGGUACAACCAAAGUGGAGCAGCGCCAGAUUCUGACCGACCGGUUCAACAACGACGAUCGCAUCUUGGUCUUCAUUCUGUCCAGCCGAUCCGGUGGCUUGGGUAUCAACCUGACAGGCGCUGAUACUGUGAUCUUCUACGAUCUUGACUGGAAUCCGGCCAUGGACAAGCAAUGCCAAGAUCGGUGCCACCGUAUUGGACAAACGCGCGACGUCCACAUUUACCGAUUCGUCUCGGAGCAUACUAUUGAAACGAACAUUCUCCGCAAGGCCAACCAGAAGAGAAUGCUAGAUGAUGUCGUCAUCCAGGAGGGUGAAUUCACUACAGACUAUUUCACCAAGCUGGACGUCCGUGACAUGAUGGGCAAUGAGGAAGCGGAGGCGCAGGAUGAAGCCAGCGCCGCCAUGGACCGCGUCCUAUCCAGCCGGGUUACCACGAGUGGCUCUCGGGUUUUUGAGCAGGCCGAAGACAAGGAGGAUAUCGAUGCGGCCAAGAACGCACAGAAGGAGAUGGAACAGGCUGACGACGACGACUUCGGGGAUCGCAGCAUUUCGCAUACACCGGGGCAGGCGGGCACUCCGUUGGCCACUGGUCCCGAGGAAGGGGAAACACCUGGCGCACAGCUCAUCACCACGCCGCAGAUUCAUGGCGUAGAUGAGACAGUGGAUGUCGAGCCUCAACCCAGUCAUAUCGACGACUAUCUCCUGCGCUUCAUGGAAUGGAACAUGAAGGAUGAACCGCUUGUUCUCCCCCCCGAUAAGACAAAGAAGAAGUCCAAGAAGGGCAAGGAGCACCGCCUCAGCAAGAGACGUCGCUAA